GGACGCUCGGAGGAGAAGACGCGGCUUGUCCGUCACAUGCAACUUCCUGAUUCUGCAGCAAUCUACAGGAGAGUCUGACGGGAAUCUGCAAUGGGGGGACUGAUCAUUUCAGUUCUCCUCGGCCUCGUGGUGGAUGUGACCCGUGGAUCGUGGAGUAUCCAGCCCAUCCCCCAGUACCCAGCUGUCCGUGGAUCCGUCACCCUCAGUCUGGCUGUUAUUAAUGAGAAAGUUACAAGUGUCGCCUGGUUUAAAGGGACGGACACAAACCCACCAAAUCAGAUCCUGACAUAUAUACCUGCUGGUCCCAUUACAAUCGCUGGCGCUCUCCACAGUCCCAGGUUCUCGGCUUUCAGUAAUGGAUCAUUACACAUCACAGAUCUUCUCCUCACAGACCAGGGGGAAUAUACAGUGAAAGUACAGGCAGAGAAAACAUCAAUGAACCUAUCUGUGACCCUGACCGUCCACGAGCCGGUCACCAAACCUAAAAUCACCGCGCCCACCCCCCAACCCAAGGAAAAUGAGCCGGUCACCCUGACCUGUGUCACCUCACAUGCUGUGACCAUCACAUGGACCAGGCGUGGUACCAGCAUCUCCUCUGGAGCCAAACUAUCAGGAGAUAACAAGACGCUCACCUUCUCCAGCAUUACACGAGGAGACUUGGGGGAAUACCAGUGUGGAGCUCAGAACCUCGUCAGUAAGGACUUCAGUGACCCCUAUGUGGUCUCCGUACUCUAUGGCCCCAGUGAGGCUCGGAUAGAAGGCGAAGUAUUUGUGAGGCCCGGUUAUUCAUUCACAUUAACGUGUUCUGCUGAUUCUAAUCCGCCUCCGGAAUUCCAAUGGAAAGUCAAUGACACAGACACAGGGGCAAAGACCAGCAAAUAUGGAGUUAGUAACGCGGAGACUGAGGACCAAGGGCUGUACACGUGUGUGGUGAGGAACCCCGCGACCCUCCGCACGGCUACCGCCGCCGUGUACGUCAAUGUGACUGCAGAAUUCAUUCCACCUGAAUAUCCCGUUUUUCUGGGACCCAUCCUUGGACUUGCCUUUGCUAUUAUUUUGGCAGUUGUACUGAUUAUUAUUGGAAGUGUCUUCAUAUAUAGGAAAUUUAUGAGAAAGAAGCUGAAUGAGUCACCAGACAAUGAACCGGAUCCCAUCCCGGUGUAUGAAAAUGUGAAGGCAGGACAAUCAAUGGAGGAACCAUCAUACAUGGGUUUGCAGUUCAGAUAUGAGGAGACAUACACAGAGCUGAAAGCAUAAGAUAAAAGGCGGACUCCAGCCUGGACACUGAGUGGAGUCCACUGUGACCUCCACCCCCCCACCCCAGGUCCUGCUUCUGGAACCGGAGAGGCCAAGCUGUAUCUGCUGUAUAUAGAGCUGGAAUGAAGGGACAUGCUGGCCGCCGGACAAUGCUGUUCACUGUAAAGGGGGGUUCUGGGAAAUAAAUACGGACGACCUCCA